CCCCCUAUCUUUCUCAAACCCUAGCCCUUCCAUUAAUCUUAACCUUUGGGUGGACGACUAUUUGGUGGCAACACAAACCCUAGCUAUUCCAUUAAUCUUUUGUUCUUUCAGUUGAUAAUUGUUGGAAAAUUUAAAUCCAAUUGAAGAAUUUCACUUUUGUGAUGCAGGGGAUUCCAUUAAAAUGAUAUUCAUUGUUUCCAAAUACUGGUUGAAGUGUUUAUCUGGGUUGCACUUUGCAUUCUCUGGUAAACGCUAACAUUUGGAUAAUCUCAAGGUGAUCCAUGUAAUUAGUCAUACAAAAUGUUUGAUCGUGGUCACAAGACACAGUUUAUUGGCGGCCAUCGAGAGAAAUUUGUAAGGUUGGAUGACUUGAACUCUAUAUCAUCAUUUAAGUCUGAUACAGAAGGAAUGAAAAGGUGUGGAUUUAGCAUAGAGGGAUUGACCUCUGCAGGUCGUUCAAACAAUAACACGUCAAAGUCUUUUAGCAUAGGAAUGAAAAGAGGAUCUGAAGGAAUUAAGACACUUGGUCGAUCUUUAAAAACUGGAGUCACUCGGGCAGUAUUCCCCGAAGAUCUUAAAGUGGCUGACAGAAAGAUAUUUGAUCCUCAAGACAAGUCUCUCGUAUUGCUGAAUAAGCUUUUGGUCAUAUCAUGUACUCUUGGAGUGUCUGUGGAUCCUUUAUUUUUUUAUCUUCCAGUUUUCGACGAUGAUUCAUCUUGCCUUGGUUUACAUAGAAGUUUAGCACACAUAGCUACCACUUUACGGACAAUAAUUGAUGCUUUCUACAUUAUACGCGUGGUUCUCCAGUUCCGUACAGCUUAUAUUGCACCAUCAUCUCGGGUUUUUGGACGAGGUGAACUUGUGAUAGAUCCUACACAAAUAGCUAAGCGAUAUUUAAGUCGUUAUUUCAUCAUUGAUAUUCUUUCUGUGCUACCUUUACCACAGUUUGUGGUGUGGAGAUUUCUUCAUCAAUCAAGUAAUUCAGAUGUAUCAACUACAAAACAGCAACUACUAGUCAUUGUCUUUCUUCAGUAUAUUCCUAGGUUUCUGAGGUUCUUGCCAUUAUCUUCAGAGCUGAAAAAGACUGCUGGUGUCUUUGCUGAAACUGCUUGGGCUGGUGCUGCAUAUUAUUUGCUGUUGUUCGUGCUUGCUAGCCAUAUAACCGGGGCUUUCUGGUACCUAUUUGCUGUACAACGUACUGAUACAUGCUGGGAGGAAGCUUGUAACAAAAAUGAGAAAUGCAAGAUCGAUUACUUGUAUUGUGCAAAUCAGGAUGUAGCAGGUUAUAAAGAUUGGGAAAGCAUUAGCCAGGGAGUUCUUCACUCAAAUUGCUCUGCGGAGGAUGAAAAAAAUCCACCAUUUAAUUAUGGAAUCUAUAAACAAGCGAUAGCAUCUGGAAUUGUUGCAUCUGAGAAUUUCAUCUCUAAAUACUUUUUCUGUUUGUGGUGGGGCCUGCAGAAUUUGAGUACACUUGGUCAGGGGCUAAUAAUUAGUACUUAUCCCGGAGAGGCUCUCUUUUCCAUAGCAAUAGGCAUUUUCGGACUCCUCUUAUUCGCUCUACUGAUUGGUAACAUGCAGACUUAUCUUCAGUCUCUUACGGUUCGUCUAGAGGAGAUGAGGGUAAAAAGGCGUGAUUCUGAGCAGUGGAUGCAUCAUAGAGUGCUUCCACAGGAGCUUAGAGAAAGAGUUCGGCGCUAUGAUCAAUACAAGUGGCAGGAAACAAGAGGAGUUGAUGAAGAGGACUUGGUCCAAAAUCUUCCAAAAGACCUCAGAAGGGAUAUCAAGCGGCAUCUCUGUUUAAAUUUGGUGAGAAGGGUCCCUUUAUUUGCAAAUAUGGAUGAACGGUUACUUGAUGCCAUCUGUGAGCGAUUGAAACCAAGUUUAUACACAGAGAACACUUACAUUCUCCGGGAGGGAGACCCGGUUGAUGAAAUGCUCUUCAUUAUUCGUGGACGCCUGGAGAGUGUAACUACAGAUGGUGGAAGGAGUGGAUUUUACAACCGAGGUUUUUUGAAAGAAGGGGAUUUCUGUGGGGAGGAGCUUCUAACAUGGGCUCUGGAUCCUAAAUCUGGUUCUAGCCUACCUCCAUCAACUCGGACAGUAAAAUCUUUGACAGAGGUGGAGGCUUUUGCCUUAAUAGCAGACGAGGUGAAGUUCAUUACCAGUCAGUUUAGGCGUCUUCACAGUAGACAGGUUCAGCAUACUUUUCGCUUUUACUCACAGCAGUGGAGGACUUGGGCUGCCUGUUUUAUCCAAGCUGCUUGGCGACGGUAUUCCCAGAGGAAAUUUGCAGAAGUUAAUCACGAUGGAGUCCAUGAGGAAGCAGGAGAGAAUGAAUCAAAUGAAAAAAAUGCACCCAGCUUUGGUGCAACCAUAUUAGCGUCGCGUUUUGCAGCAAAUGCUCUUCGUGGGGUUCAAAAGCUUCGUGAGUCAACAAGUCCCACGGGCUUAGUAAAAAUGCCGAAGCCUUCAGAACCCAACUUUUCUGCUGACAGAGAUUAAUCAGUGCUUGUAUAGCAGAUGAUGACAUUAACCGAAAUGUUGUUUUGCUUCACCGAUCCAGCUAUUGAAAAUGUAUCAUACUCGUCAUUCCCAAUUGUAAUGUGUUUAGUUGGAAUGUUUCAUUGCUAAUUUUGUCAUUGAGAAGUGCUGAGGUGAAGGCAGAAUACAUCGGAUCCCAAAAUGAUGAAUGUCGUUGCUGAUUGUAACUUAUUCGACAACUGCUCAUUAAUUGGUUAUUGUAACUUCUAUGUA